UUCACCUUCUUCCGUAUAUAUUUUUUUACCAAUCGGAAGAAGCCCAAUCCCCCUAUUUCCAUCCUUUUAUUUUCCCUCCGAUCCUUUUCAUUGGAUUCUUCUUCGCUCUGUUUUGGAGAUUCGGUUUUUUCUUUUCCGAAUUAUGAAGGCCGCGGUUGUAGAAGCUGUCGCUGACAGAGCUGACGACGGUGACAAGGAGAAGAAGAAGCGGCGCCCACGCAAUCGCAAAUCCAAGCAAAGCCCGUCUUCCCCGUCAGUAUCAUGUAGUUCAGUAAAUGGAGACGCGUCACUUGAUUGCUUAGGAAACGGAACAAUGACAAAUCACGUAACCGCAUCCUUGAAUCAACACCACUUAGGGACGAGUCCCCUGUGUGAGCAGGGAUUACCCAAAGCAUCUAACUUGGCUUUCAGUUCUUUGCCGACGAUGCACAUUGUUGAAUCCCCUGGUGCACAAAGUCCUGGAAGUCGGCUAUUGCUCCCAUCUGAUUUUGAUGGAAGAAUGUUUGCAAAUUCUUGUCCUGAACCCGCUGCCUGUGGAGGGUCACCCGGAAUCCUUACAAACAAGGGUUCCUCUCCCCAGCAUCUCGAGGGUUAUUUUCAGAAAAGAUAUAUAUCUCCGCCUCCGCACUGGUCCAUGGAGGAUGUCAGUGCCGCUCUAGAGAAAGGUGAUGUUUUUAAAGCUCUGUUUCGCGUCAACGCACACAACAGAAAUGAGGCUUAUUGCAAAAUUGAUGGAGUGCCUACAGAUAUUCUCAUUGGUGGACUAAUGGAGCAGAAUAGAGCUGUUGAAGGUGAUAUCGUUGCGAUUAAGAUUGAUCCGUUACCAUUAUGGACCAAGAUGAAAGGAUCUACUUCCGCUAGUAAGAGUUCGGCAUCAGUUGAGGUUUCUAAUAACAAUCCAGAAGAUGAUGCUGUUGGCUCUAACUGCAAAGGUAAAGCCAAGGUUGAUGAGAAUUGUGAGUAUGAUGGUCGCAGAAGUUGUGUACUUCUUGAGAGUGAAUUUUGUCCUGAGGGAAGCAUGUAUUUGCAUGACUCUACUCAUUCAGAGUCAGUUGGACAAUCCAGCUGUGAUCAUGUUGCUGGAAAGUCCCAAUUGGCUUCAGGUUCUUCUAAUGAGCAGAAUGUAAUUCAAAGUCCAGUUCAGAGGAUAUGUUCCAUCAUCAGUUCAUUCCCUUCAAAACGACCAACUGGAAGGGUAGUAGCUAUCAUUGAAUGGUCUAAAUGUCGAGACACGGUCAUAGGUUAUUUAAAUGUUCAAAAGUGGAUUUCUUAUCGGCAAUUUUGCAAGAAAGACAUGAAAAAGAACAAAAGUUUGUCAUAUUCUGACCAUGAGUAUAUCCAGAUGACACCGACAGACCCAAGAUUUCCAAAAAUGGUGGUCCUUGUGCGAAAGCUGCCUGAGGCUAUUAAGAAAAGAUUGGAGAAUGGUGAUGAAACAAUUGAAAAGGAGUUGUUUGCUGCACAAGUUGAUGAAUGGGCUGAAGGAAGUCUUGCUCCGCAAGCCUUAAUAUUACAUGCUUUUGGACAUGGAACUGAAGUACAGCCUCACAUUGAAGCAAUCUUAUUCGAAAAUGCGAUUAAUUCAUCUGAAUUUUCUCCUGAAUCACUCUCUUGUCUUCCUCGUCUCCCAUGGGAGUUUCCUCAGGAGGAACUUAAAAUUAGAAAGGAUCUUCGUAAUCUGUGCAUAUUCACCAUUGAUCCUUCAACUGCCACUGAUCUGGAUGAUGCUCUCUCAGUUGAGAAUUUUUCCAACGGUAUUUCCAGAGUUGGGGUUCACAUUGCUGAUGCGUCAUAUUUUGUGCUGCCUGACACACCCUUGGAUGAAGAAGCUCAAGCUAGAUCAACAAGUGUGUAUAUGACACAGCGCAAAAUACCGAUGUUACCCCCUAUCCUUACAGAGAAUAUUGGUUCGCUUAAUCCAGGAGUAGAGAGACUUACUUUUUCAGUAUUCUUGGACAUCAAUAAUGCUGGGGAUGUAGUUGAUCGAUGGAUGGGCCGCACCGUGAUAAGAUCGUGUUGCAAGCUUUCUUAUGAGCACGCUCAGGAUAUCAUUGAUGGCAAAUUGAACUCUGAAAGUUUUGACACUUUCAAAGACGGUUAUCCUCAGGUAAAUGGUCAUUUUGGAUGGUCAGAUGUAAUUAGAUCUGUUAAGAGCCUAUAUGAAAUCUCCAAGAUCUUGAAGAAGAGGCGGUUUAAUGAUGGUGCUCUUCAGCUUGAUAACUCCAAAGUUGUUAUACUGUUUGAUGAAUGUGGAGAUCCAUAUGACAGUUUGUUUUCUGAAAGGAAGGAAUCAAAUUCUCUUGUGGAGGAGUUUAUGCUCUUAGCAAACAUAACAGUGGCAGAAGUCAUAUCUAGAGCUUUCCCCGACAGUGCACUAUUGCGAAGGCACCCAGAGCCUAAUAUGCGCAAGCUUAAAGAAUUAGAAGCAUUUUGUGCUAAGAAUGGUUUACAGUUGGAUACUUCCUCUUCUGGUCGUUUCCAUCAGUCACUGGAGAGAAUUAGGGAAAAGCUCAAGGAUGAUUCUGUUCUGUUUAAUAUUCUCAUGAAUUAUGCCACUAAACCUAUGCAGUUGGCUACUUACUUUUGUAGUGGAGAAUUGAAACAUAAAGAAAAUGAUUGGGGUCACUAUGGAUUGGCUGUUCCUCUUUAUACUCAUUUCACUUCCCCACUACGCCGGUAUCCUGAUAUUGUAGUGCAUCGCACACUAGCUGCCGCGAUAGAGGCUGAGGAGUUAUAUUUGGAACAGCAGAGAUUGUUGAAUAAUUUGAACAAGGGAGACAAAUUUAAGAUGAGGUGUUUCACUGGUGUUCAUUUUGAUAAGGAUGCUGCUCAAUCUUGGGAAAGUCAGAAAGCCUUAUCAGCUGCAGCGAUGAAGCAUAGUCUUCCCAGCAUAGAGUUGCUGGCUGGUGUUGCGGCUUAUUGCAAUGAUAGAAAGCUGGCCAGUAGACAUGUCAAGGAUUCUUGUGAUAAGCUCCAUAUGUGGUCCCUGCUAAAGAAAAAGGAGAUUUUCUCAGAAGCAAGAGUAAUGGGUCUUGGACCUAGAUUCAUGUCCAUUUAUAUACAGAGGCUUGGUGUUGAACGUCGAAUUAGUUAUGAUGAAGUUGAAGGCCUGAUGGUAGAGUGGCUAGAAGCUACAUCCACAUUGGUGCUUUCUUUACGUGCUGACAGGCGCUCAUUCAAGAGAGGGAGUCCUGGUAAAUGGAGGGACCUUGAAGAUGUGGCAUUGGUUGUUAAUCCUUCAGACCUUGAAGCUGAACCUAGGCUAGUUGGAAAGAGUUCAAAUGAGCAAAGCUCCAAUGGUUGCUCUUUGAAUAGUGAACUUGCGCCCAUGGUUUUUCCUCUUACAAUGCGUAUUCUUUCAACGAUUUCCGUAGUACUUCAUGCAGUUGGUGGGGAUGAUGGACCUGUUGAUAUUGGGGCCAGGCUGUACAUAAGUUCAUACAUCUGAUAGAUUGCGGCUUUGAGCUAUUUGCCUGUUUCAGAAUGGUACUUGAAAUUGAAUGCGGAUGGAACUUGUGAAGUGAAAUGAUAACAGGGGUUUCUUAGAGCCAUUGGACUGGUUCUGUUGUAGUUACGAACUUAGUGUACAGUCGAGAAAUAGAGUUCUAGAAGAAGAAAAAUAAUAUUGAGUUACGUUUGUUCAGAUCUGUUGAUGUUCUAUGGAUUAGCUUCAUGCUGAAUCGUUUUGGUCGGAGAGAUGUAGAUAAGGGAGGGCGUGGUUGUGGCAUUGGCUUGUAGCAGCCGUUUUUGACAGUGCUGCCUUUGAUGCUGGAAAAUGCCCCUGUUUUUGCUGGCCGGUUUCCAUUCCAUCUAUGUUGAACUUGGUUAAGAUGCGACCAAGUUCCUUAGCCAAUCAUUUCUGUAACGUUCUUGUGUUAUUCCUGGAUUGCAGUCCAAUAAUGUUUUCGGCUUUGGGCGGCCAGGAUUAGUGGUUAUUACCAAGUAUCUUUAUUUCCUGCACUAGCCAUGUAUUGGUCAUUCAUAACUUGUAACUAUCGA